AUGAAUGAUAAAUUAGAUAAUGAGCACGUAAGAAGUGAAGAAUUGUUUUGCUUAACAGAUAUUAAUGUAAAAAGUGAAGAAUAUGAAAAAGAAAUUAGCAUUUUACCAUAUAUUUCUUCAAAUUAUUGUGUAAAUAUAAGAAAGAAAAAAAUAGAGCCAGCGGGAUUUAUGUUUUACAUAAAAUACGAAAUUCCUAUACUAAAAGAAAAAAAAAAAAAGAUAAGGGAUAAUAAAAAUGUGCAUACAGACGAACUAUUUUUAUAUAAAGAUAAAUUGAAUUACUUAAAUGAUUUGGAGGACAACAAUAAUAAUAAAAGUGAACAUUUGAAAACUGAAGAAGACGAAAAAAAAAAAAAAAAAAAAAAUGAUAAUGAUUAUGAUGACACUAAAGAUUAUAAUAAGAGACAAGAAAAGGCAAAUUAUAAAAAAAGUUCUAAUUUAGUUAAAAAAUGUAUAGAUGAAAAUAUAAAUGUUUAUGAAAUAUUAGGGGUUGAUGAAACAGAUGAUUUAGAAGCUAUUAAAGCCUCUUAUAAAAAAUUAAUUUUAAUAUUUCAUCCAGACAAAAAUAAAGGAACAGCAUAUUUAAACGCAAAAGAAAAAAAAAAAAAAAAAGAAAAAGAAAAAGAAAAAAAUAAAGAAUCAGAUAUGAAAAAUAAUGAUACAAAAGAUCUUAUGUAUUAUAUGGAAAAAUUUAAUAUAGAUAAAUUAACUCCCGAAGAAAAAAAAUUAAUGUUUUUAAAAAUUCAAGAUUCUUACACUAUUUUAUCGGAUAAAACUUUGAGAAAGCAGUAUGAUAGCUCUAUUCCAUUUGAUGAAUAUAUACCUACACAAAAGGAACUGGAAGAAGCUUCUAAUUUUUACGAUUUUUUGCGACCAGUAUUUAAAAGAAAUGCUAAGUGGUCUUCCAAAAAACCAGUUCCUGAUAUAGGUGAUGAAAAUACUAAUAUAAAAAAUGUAAAAUAUUUUUACGAUUUUUGGUAUAAUUUUGUUAAUUGGAGAGAUUUCUCAUAUCAUAAUGCUUAUGAUUAUGAACAAGCUGAAUGUAGAGAAGAAAGAAGAUGGAUGGAAAGAGAAAAUAAAAAAAUUCAGAAAAAAGUUUCUAAAUUGGAAAAUUUAAGAAUUUUAAAAUUAGUCGAUUUAGCAUAUAAUAAUGAUCCACGAAUUAUUGCAGAAAAUAAAAGAAUCAAAACAGAAAAACAAAAAAAAAAAGAAUUAGCUAUAUUAGAAAAGCAAAAAAAAAUGGAUAAAUUGAACGACACAGAAAAAGAUAAUACCAUUACUAACAAUUCUAACGAAAAGACAAAUAAAGAAAAAGCUGCUAUGAAGAUAUGGAAACAUCAUAUUAAGUCUGUAUGUAUGACAAAAUUACCAAAUACGGUAAAUUAUGAUAUAUUGCAAGAAAAAUUAUUAAUAAUGCCUUUUGAAACAUUAUGUGAUUUUAUUUAUGAUAUAUAUGUUUUACUAAAUUUUAAUUUUUAUAAAAGUGAUACUUUACCAUUUGAAAAAAUGAGUUCUAAUAAAUUUAAUAAUUCUCAAGAGAUUCAAAAGGAUACCCUAAAUAAUUUAGGAAGAAAUAAUAUUAACAACAAAAUAAAUGGAAACAUAAGCAUUGAUAUGCAAAACGAAAACAAGAACGACAAUAAAAAUUUAAAUCAUUUAAAAAAAAAAGAUGUAGAAUAUGCCUUUGUUAAUAAAAAUAAUGUAAUUAGUAGUAAAAAUACUACAACAAAUAAUUCUAGUAAUAUUAAUAUCUCUAUUGUAGAGAACAAUCAAGAACAAGUAAAUGAAACUUUCAAGGUUAAUUAUGAUAUAAAAUCUAAUGAAUUGAAUGGUUGUGAUGAUAGGUUUACCAGUAAUUUAAUAGAUUCGAAUAAAUUAAAGGUUAAUAACGAAAAUAAAAAUGAAAAAAUAAAAGAUUAUAAUUUAACUAAUGAUGAAGAAAUAGCUAAGAAUACGGAAUGUAAAAAUGAUGCUCUAAAAGAAAAAAAUAUGUAUGAGAACAGUCACUUAAAAAUUAAUGACUCAAAGAAAAAUAAUAGCAAAAAUUAUAAAAACAAAAAAAAUAUAGGGAAUAAUAAUUCAAAUAAUGAUAAUAAUAAUAAUAGUAACAACAAUAAUAAUAAGAAUACGGGAUUCAUAGGUCAUUUAAAAAGUAUAGAAUUAGGAGAAAAUGAUAUUGAAUCGUUAAUUAAUAUUUUUAAAAAAUAUAUUAAUGAUACUACUUUUAUUAUUGAAAAGAAAGAAGAAGUUAACAGCAAAAAUCUAAAUAUAAAUAACAAUUUAAAAAACGAUAUUUCUGCAGAAGUACAUAAAAGCCCAAAUAAUAUCAGACAGUGUGAUGAAAAGGAAAAGAAAAAUGCUGAAGAAAAAAAAACUAAUGAAAAUACUUCAAAUAUAGAAAAAAAUGCUGAAAAUGAAGAAAAAAAUGAUAAAUGGACAGCUCACGAAGUGUCUUUGCUUGCUAAGGCCCUGAAAUUUUAUCCAGGUGGUACAAAAAAUAGAUGGGUUCUUAUUUCAAAUUCUAUAAAAACUAAAAGUGUUAAAGAAGUUAUAAAAAAAACAAAAGAAAUGUUUGAAAAUGAAACACUUAAGAAUUUGAGCAGAAAUUUUGAUGAAUCUCCAUUUGACCACUUUAAGAAUCAGAAUAAGGGAGUUAUGAAAAAGAUUGAUGAUAACUUAGAUAAAAGAGAAUUAAAGAUUGAAAAAGAAACUAACUUAAAUAAUAAUAUAAAUGGUGAUAUUAGUCAAAAAAGGCCAUGGACACAAGAAGAACAGUAUUUAUUAGAAAAAGCAUUAGUAAAAUAUCCUGCUUCUAUUCCAAUAAAAGAAAGAUUAGAAUUAGUUUCUUCUGAAUUAAAAACUAGAACUGUUGACGAAGUUAUACUUAGAAUGAAAAAACUUAGAGCACAAAUAUUAGCCAAAAAAUCUGCAAAAUAA